AUCCGGAUCGAAGAAAAAAAAAACAGAUUUUUUGGAUGGCAACGGUCCGCGGAUAGGCUCCUGAUUGUAAACAUUGCAAUGCUCGUCUGCUCUUCGUGUUAUUUUAAAUGGAGUUUUUGAGUUCUUUCAAAUAAAUUGAUAAAUAAAUGCUUGCACAUUGCUUUGCAUUUGAAAAAUAAUUACACUUUUGCUAAACUAACAAAAUUAAUUCUAAAUCUGCCGAAAAAGAUGUCUCUAUAUUUUAAGAACAGUAUUUUAUUCUGGAAUAUUAAGGUUUUCCAAAGACCAUCACGAUUGUUUAGCUCUGAAGCUGAAUUGACAAUUGUGUCUGAAAAGGAUGGUGUCCGAAAAAUUCUAUUGAACAAUCCUAAGAAAAGAAAUGCUCUUUCUUUGGCUAUGCUGGAAAGCCUGAAAAGCUGUGCUUUUCGCGAUGUAAAUAGUCCUAGCCUUCGUUGCAUUCUGCUACAGAGUACGGGCCCUGUCUUUUCCUCUGGCCAUGACCUAAAAGAACUGUUAUCAUCAGAUACUGGGAAAAGAGAAGAGAUUUUUAGAAAAUGCUCUGAACUAAUGGUAGGAUUGAGGAACUUACCUGUACCAACUGUUGCAGUUGUUAAUGGUUUAGCUGCUGCAGCGGGCUGCCAACUAGUAGCAUCCUGUGAUAUUGCUGUUGCUACUUCUACUUCUGAAUUUUCUACACCUGGUGCAUCUGUUGGUCUAUUUUGCUCAACACCAGGAGUUGCUGUUUCAAGAAAUGUCCCACUUAAAACUGCAUCAUACAUGUUAUUCACUGGAAAAAAUAUUAAUGCACACAGAGCAGUACAAUCCGGACUAAUCAGCAAGGUAGUUGAUGAAUCGGAAAUGGAAGCAGCAAUUGAAGACAUUCUUCAGUCGAUAUUGAGCAAAAGCAGAUCAGUUCUUGCUUUGGGGAAGAAGUAUUUUUAUGAACAACUGAGUUGUAAUUUGGAAGAAGCAUAUAGAAAAGGAUCCAAAGUCAUGGUAGAUAAUUUAGCCCAUCAUGAUGCUUCAGAGGGUAUUAAAGCAUUUUUUGAAAAACGGCCUCCAAAGUGGGUGAAAGUUGAAGAAAGCUAAGUGAAAUUCAUACCACAAUACAAAUGUGUGUUUGAAAUGUUUGUAAUGAUUGACAUUGCCUCUUUUGUUAUUUGUUAUAAUUCUAUAAGUGUUAUAAUUCUAUAAAUAUUCUACA